UUAAAGAUGUGACGUCAUAAUGUAUUUGAACAGGAUCAUCCCUACAGAGCCACACGAAGCUCCGACCGACUUCCGGUUGAGGAAAACCGUAUUUCUGGGAUACACCGAUGUGAACGCGGGAGGCAUCCGUGCCUUGCUGGGCAUAGACAUGAAGAAAGAAUACAUGGACAUCAACGUACCGGCACUAGCAGGUGCCCGUCUUGCAUGUGUGCGCACCGGUGACCUUGACCCACGAGAACGAGAAUUCGCUCCCGUGCAGGUCUGGAAUCUCAAAUACGAACAGUUUUCAGUAAUUCUUGUCAACACCGCCUUGAAGCCCACCAAAUGUCACCACGUGUGCAGCGCGAUUGUGGACCUGUGCUCUAGAAGUUGCGUGAAGAAGUUGGUGGUGCUGAGUGCCUUGCGAGUGGAUAUUUUCGAUGAGACUCCACAGCCAAUAUACGAGAAUGCAAUAAACGAUCUGCCUUUUACUAAAUUGCCGUCUAUACCCAGCGAUGCGCUGAUGAAUGACGCAUUCUUGAGCACAUUAAUUCAGAUGGUGAGAGUGGAUUUUGUUCCCUCGUGCUUUCUCGUGAUUCCUGCCCACCGCGCGUGCAUUGGUGCGGCACGUGACGAUGACGGAAGUAAAGAGGUUAUCCGAACAUUCCAGAAUAUUGUUAACGCAGCCUACGGAAUCAGUUUUGAUGAAGGGUUCAGUUUUGAUCUGGUAUACCAAGGUGAACAAACUGCUGAUACCACAUUGUCUAUGAUAUAUUCCUGAUGACUGUUUCAAUACCAAUUUCAAGCCGUGGUGACUUCAGUAACGACAGUGUGUUUGCUGAGAUAUAAAGUAAUAGGUGUUUACACUCAACAGUUUAUCUACGGUGGGGAAAAAGAGGAAUUCUCCACGUUUUUAAAAAGAAGUGUGAGAAAAACGCCUUACACACUGGCGGGUCUAGGGAGAGGGCGCACCAAGCGAGCGCCCCCUUAAACCGCUCAUGUUUACUUUUUAUUUCAAAAUAGGUGAAAACUCAUUGAAUAAGCCCUACUUACACCAUUUCGAAGAAGAAAUUGUUAAAAUAUUCUCGGAGGAGAACACCCAAACCCUCUGCCAACAUUUUUAAACCAAAUAAAUUUCGGUUUUGAGAGAGGGGCGCAAGUCAAAAGCUUACAGCUCUAAGAUGCUCCCCCUCUAACUUUAAAUCAUCCUGGAUUCGCCUCUGUUACCUAACUGAUCCGGGUCUACACAAGGAAAUUAUUCGUCAAUAAUAAGAUGGGAACAUAUAAACUAGCAAGGGAUAGUCAACACUCAGCGAGGCACGGAGCGUAACAUGACAAAGGACACCUAUUUCAUAUAUCAAAUAUCGCUUCCAAUAAAUAGUCGAGGAACCUUGAAGUGAAAACAUUCUCAUUUGGGGAUCGCACCGGUUGGCGAGUACUCAAUCUGACAAUUUCGAGACUUUCUGUUUUAUGUACUAUGAAUAGACCUAUUCUAAAGACACAACAACAACCUUGACCUUGAAUUCAUGACAGCUCCUCAAAGGCAAUUUCACAUCAUUUUAUUUUCAAUUCAAAUUUAUAAUAUACAUAAACACAGCGUUAAAAAUCCCUUUUUAAAAAAUUACAGAAUCAUGUUCCAGGUUGUGUCAUUCUUUAUUUAAUAUAUUAUAGCCAAGUAGGUUCCACACGAGGCUGCUGCGUAUUGUAAAAAUAUAGUUAAGAUUUAAAGUGGAGGAAGGGUCGUACUUAACGAUCCCAUUAUUCGACUUAAUACAUUGAAGCGACAUACCAUAAAAGCACCUUCUUUUAAAUUAGAUGUUUUUGAAGAAGAAUGUCAGUCAACGUCUAUAGUAUUAAAGGUCACGUUCUUUAUAGAUUGCAAGGUCGAGUUUGUUUCAUUAGUUAUACUCCAUUAUGUGCGUAUUUAAAUCUGUAUAUAAUUCUUCGCACGAGGCACGUUUGAAUGCACGGCUAUAAUUCACAAGUACGAGGAUAGUUCAAACGCAGGUAUGUGUCCAUUGAUGUUGCUAUAUUACUUUGAAAAAUCAGGAUCAUUGAACAAGGAGUGAAA